UCGGAAAAAAGGGGGGCGCGAGUCAAGUUCUCCCAGUGAAAUGAAUAAUUAGCCGUCUCUGUAUAUUCGUAGCGUUUACAGAAACGACGGUGCUGGAAGCACCGCCUCGACUCCGCGGAAAUCCGUCGCGCGCGCAGUAGCUUCCAAGCCGUAAAACAAUAAUCAUGUCCGUCGAAGUGAAGCGUCGCAAGAGCUUGACAGAUAUCGCUGUUGAGAACGAACACUAUUUGAGCGAUUUCGCUUACACCACAGGUUUCUUGCAAAGAUUGCUAACGAUAAUCGGUAUUUGGGCAUUGGUGAAGAUAAGUCCGAAGAAAAAGGAAAUUUUGUUCGCGAUAAUAUUCAUCGCCAUAAGCUUGCUGCUAAUCGUGUUUCUCAUGAUACCGAUGGUUCUGCACUUGGUAUAUACGAAGCAAAAUUUGAAAGGGAAAAUGAAGUUGUUCGGACCGAUACUUCUCCGGGUGGCGAACCUUACGAAAUUUUACUGGAUGAUUUACCGGCGUAAAUCAAUAAGAUACUGCUUAGAACACGUUCGGGACGAUUGGAAGAUGGCCACGGGUCCCUCGGACCGGGAGAUUAUGAGGAAAAGUUCUUCGAACGGGCGUCAAAUGGUCAUUUUGUGUAUUUUUUUUAUGUACACCGCGGGAAUAUUUUAUCAAGCUGUGCUGCCGCUGAUGAGAGGCAAAAAAAUAAACGCUCUGAACCAAACGAUCAGACCGUUCGCUUAUCAGAUUUACGACAGAUACCCCGCUGCCCAAAGGAGUCCGAACUACGAAAUCAUUUUUUACACGACCAUCGUCUCGGCCUUUGUAACUUACACGACCAUCAUCUCGUCGUGCAGUUUGGCCGCGACUUUUGUGUGGCACGCUUGUGGCCAGAUCGACGUUAUCAUGAACCGUCUUCAAACCAUGUUCGAUAAUCUCGACGGCGAUGUCGAACUUCUCAAUACUCGCGUUUCCGUGGUCGUUAAAUAUCACGUUAGACUACUUAGACUGGCCGAUACGAUCGACAACGCACUCAGCGAGAUUUGUUUAACCGAAGUAGUCUCUUCGACGUUUUUCUUUUGCUCGCUUGGAUGGCGACUCACGCAUCAACUUCGAGCCCAUGACUACGUUGCAAUUGUCACCUACGGUGUUUACAUUGUGACGAUUACUUAUAAUCUGUUCAUAUUUUGCUACAUUGGAGAAAUUCUCAAGGGACAGUGCGCUCAGAUUGGGGAAAAUACGUACUUGAGCGACUGGUGGAAAAUGCCAGGGAAAACUGGCCAAGCGAUGGUAUUGGUAAUCGCAAUGGCAAGCAUCCCGCGGGGAUUAACAGCUGGAGGAAUAAUGGAACUCUCCGUGACGAAUUUCGUGUCUAUUAUAAAAACUUCGGUAGCGUAUAUAAGACUUAUUAUGUCUCGAGACUGGACGUCCUAACGAAUUGACUUCCAAGAGAGCCCGGUGGGGAGAUUCACACCGAAUUACGGAUUGACCUCCGCACUCACAUUUUUUUACACAACCUGUUCCUCCGUGACGAGUGUUUGCAGAAAAAUAUUGUUAAAUAUUCACCCGAAAAUUGUAAUAUUUGAGCACACAAGAGUGCGGUACAACAAAUGACUUAUUUUUGAUGAGAUUCCAAUCUACUAGUUGUACAUAGAGUAUAUUAAAACCAAUAGAAAGCA